AUGGUGGUGGUGGGGUGGUUGGUGGGGUGGUGGGUGGCGGUGGCGGUGGUGGUGGUGGUGGUGGGGGUGGGGUGGGUGGUAAGGAGGGCGAACGGGUGGUACCAUGAGAUGAAGCUUGAUGUCGGAAUCAGACAAAAUCUGCCCCCGGGGGAUCUGGGCUGGCCCCUCAUCGGAACCAUGUGGUCUUUUCUCUCUGCCUUCAAGUCUUCCUCGCCGGAAACUUUCAUCCAAACCUGCUUUCUUGACAGAUUCGGACCUACCGGAAUAUACAAGACCCACAUGUUCGGAAAUCCUAGCAUCAUAGCUACAACGGCGGAGACAUGCCGGAGAAUCUUAACCGACGACGACUCCUUCAAACCCGGGUGGCCGGCUUCCACCGUGAAUCUAAUUGGCCGCAAGUCCUUCACCAGCAUUUCUGAUGAAGACCACCGGUGGCUGAGGAGACUCACCGCCGCCUCCAUCAAUGGCCACGAAGCGCUAUCGGUGUACUUAGAAUAUAUCGAGAAAAAUGUAAUAACAGCUCUAGAUGAGUGGUCGAGUAUGGGAGAAAUCGAGUUCUUGACGCAAUUACGAAAACUUACAUUCAAUAUAAUUAUGCAUAUUUUCUUGAGCACAGAGAGCGAAGGAGUCCGAGGGGCUCUCGAGCGGCAAUACACAAGGUUGAACUUUGGAGUAAGGGCGAUGGCGAUCAAUAUCCCUGGAUUCGCUUAUUAUUCGGCAUUUCAGGCACGUAAAAGGCUCGUCGCCAUUCUCCAAGGGGUCUUAACGAAGCGACGAGAGGAAAUGAAUAAACGAAGGGUGAACGCAAAUAAAGACAUGAUGGACGGGCUUAUGGAUGCCGAGGAUGAAAAUGGAAGACGAUUGAGCGACGAAGAAAUUAUCGAUAUUUUGAUCAUGUACCUCAACGCCGGGCAUGAGUCGUCGGCACACACAACCAUGUGGGCAACUCUAUUUUUACUCAAGCAUCCCGACAUGUACAAACGGGCUAAGGCCGAACAAGAAGAAAUUGUGAAAAAUCGACUUCCUGGGCAAAAAAGUCUAAACCUUAGAGAAAUUCGACAUAUGGAUUAUCUUUCUAAGGUCAUUGAUGAAACUCUGCGUAUCAUAACAAUCUCGUUGACGGUCUUCCGUGAGCCAAAAAAGAAUGUUCGGAUAAACGGAUACACAAUCCCUAAGGGAUGGAAAGUAUUGGUUUGGUUUCGGGGAGUUCACUUUGACCCCGAAACCUACGAAGACCCAAAAAAGUUUGACCCUUCGAGAUGGGAUGGUUUUACGCCAAAAGCCGGGCAAUUUCUACCUUUCGGAGCGGGGUCCCAUUUGUGUCCUGGAAAUGAUCUUGCCAAGAUUGAAAUCGCAGUAUUUCUUCAUCAUUUUCUUUUGAACUAUAAGUUGGCUCGGCGUAAUCCCGAUAGUCCCGUCAUUUAUUUACCACACACGAGGCCUAAGGACAAUUGCCUUGGAACAGUAAAGAAAAUCACUAAUGGUCAAGAUGGGUAGAUAUGUGAAAUAAUUGACUUAGUUGUUUGUAAGAUUAUUAGACUACUUGUCAAGAUGGAUAGAAUUGUUAAAUGAUUGUUUUAGCUGUUAGUAAGAUUAUUACAACAAUUUGUUCAUGAAUAUUAAAGGUGUGUUUGUUUGGCGAUU